GCCCUCUCCCUCUCCCUCUCCCUCUCCCUCUGCCUGUGUUCUUGUCCUAACCGUUGGUGGAGUGGGCAGAUAUCUGAUUGCCAUUCUGUCAUUGGGGCCAAGAAGUUUAGAUAACGGAGUGUUUUUCACUGCUCUGUUUUCUUGACGGUUCUUAGCCCCGAUCUGGUGCCAUGGGGAUUCGGAUUAGCGCUCUACCGGCUCCUGGAGGAUAGAUCUGGUGUGCUCAAACUAAGAAACAUCGCUCUGUUUCCUAUCGUUUCGUAGAGCUAGUCCACGGCGCCAACCGGUGUUCAUAGGUGCCAGUGAUGUGUUCUUGGUUGUGCCUGUUGGCAAUUGAAUUUGUCCACGACUGCGGUCAGUUUGAAGAACAUUGUUUAAACUUUUAAAUGCAAGCAAAUGAAGGAGAGGAACAUUGCCAUUGGACAUGACCAACAGAUACAGUUGUAUUUUCAAGCUGCUGGAGGAUUGUGAUUGAGCAUUCUGAGCAAAUCAGUUUGAUGACGUGAAGGUUUAUAUUAUGUUUGGUUUUCUACACUUUCUAGAUUGUUACUGGUCUAGGUUGAUAUCUUCUUGUUCCAAUUCCCUCUUAUGAAACAAAAAAAGAAAUGUACUUUCUUUAGGGAAGGGGAAGGUUGUUUACAAUUCACAAAUGUAGUUUUUGCAUGUGUUAAACUGAUAUUUUUUUCACGCAGCAAUUCUCUUGGUUAUAUCUUAACCUAUUCUGCUGUUUCUGUCAAAAGAAUGCUUGUGAGAGAAAAAUUUUGAGGUGUAAACUUCAUUGUGAUCUCCUAUGUUUGUGUGCAUGUUUGUCUAGGAAGAUUAAAAGGGGAAAAUUUCAGGUUUCAACUCCUUAUAAAUAAUAGGUAACAACAAUGAUGUGAAAAGAGAGAGUAAGGAGGAGGGUCAAUUAUCUGAUGUAGGUACAAGGGACAACAAGUUGGAUGUUGAAAUAAAAUGGGACCAAAGGAUUUAGUUUCGAUUGGAAACAAUGGUUUGAAAAAGGAGAACAAGAAAGGGGGUCAAUUAGCUGAUGUAGGUGGAAGGGAGAACAAGUUGGAUGAUGAAAUUAAUAAGGAAUCAAAGGCUUCAGUUUCUACUGAUAAUAGUGAUGUGAAAAAGGAGAGCAAGGAAAAGGGUCAAUUAGCUGACGUAGUUGGAAGAGAGAACACAUUGGAUGCUUAAAUAAAAAGGCAAGCAAAAACUUCAACAUCCAUUGUUUUCUCUCUUCCAACUACGUUAGCUAAUUGACCCUUUUCCUUGCUCUCCUUUUUCAACUAAAGAGAGAACACAUUGGAUCUUGAUUAUUUCAUUAAGAAGGCCACAUAAAUACUUCACUAAGAC